ACAAUCGCAUUACGGAUAUGUUCGGGAAGAGUGGCGUGACACGUGGUAUCCACGGUGUGAUCGCACGAGGAUCCACGAUGGCGGAGGUGGCGACAAAGAAGUCGAUCAAUGUAGUAAGUAGCAAGAAGAACGAGGUGUGCGGUGUACAAUCUAACAACGGUUUGAUUGAUUUGGAUGAUUUAACCACGAGUAACACCCAACUAAUUUCAUUGUGCGACGAUGACGAUCUCGUACUUACAAACAAUACGCGUAACGAGCUUGAGAACGACGAUAAAAGCUUGCAAGAGUUAAUAGAGAGUGAACUAGCCUUGAGGAUCUGCUCGAGUAAAAGUGACGAAGAUGCUGUCGUCGAAGAGACCGAAAAUGUUGUCACUCAACCGGAGACAAUCAAGAAAAUCGUCCUGGAUUGUCGGCAUAAUCUCGUUGAUGUUAAUACAGAGUUCAUAGCUGCCGAGAGUGGGCAUUAUUCUUUAAUCGAGGAACCAUAUGAUCAUCGAAAUGGUCACGUGUCCCCACAUGCCAACAUCGAAGCUGUGAAAUCGGAACCGGACGAAGAAGAGAAUCAGGCGUUCAUCGAGCAGUCGAAAGCUGGCGUUGCGCCGAUAAUUAUUCAGAAAACGAACGAAGGUGAUCAAGAGUCGAGCCGCGACGAAGCUGUCGAUGUUAGCAGCAAUAGUGAGGAGUGUCAGGAAAUUGUCAAGGUAGUUCCUCCUCCCACGGAUCAUCCAGACUCUGGCAAUGUCACGAAUGAUUCAGUAGAUGGAUCGAAGUCCCAGUCUUUUCCGAUUCCUGCAAGUUGUCCCAUGGACAAACACCAACGGGAGGAAGAUAGGUUGAAUAAGGCACUUGAUGAAGUAAAUUGCAUCAACCGGGAAAAAAAGAAAGAUAUUGAUAUUUCGAACACAUGGACCGACCAGGUGCCGCUUCUAAAUAGCUCCCAGCAGAUUGAUCGGUUCCCCGAUUGUGAAGAACGUCUACAGUACUGUCCACAGGAUCUACCACAGGAAAAACUGAUGUUCUCUAGGACGAGUAAAGAGUCUUCCACGAACGAACAUAUCGAUACGUUUAAUGAUUCCUAUGGAGACAAUUAUGUCGAGCGGGAAGAGGAGAUUCCUACAUCGCCGAUCCGUCGGGAUAAAUCGUCACUCUCCGCAACGUUCGAAGAAAUCGAUUCGAAACUGGAGGAUGUUUGUUUCUCCGACGACGGCAUCAUCUGCCAGUCCGAGAUAUCCGCGGAGAUGGCUAGCACGCAGGAAUUCCUCGACAUAGAACGCCGUGUGCUGAACGAAGAAAUCGAUCAGGAGCCACCCCAGAUUGUGGUAUCAUCAGAUAUCGCCGAAUCGCAAGCAACAUCGGAAUCGAAUCUGGAAAACGAAUCGCCCGAGUGUCUUGUCGCGGAAGAUGUGCAGAAUCCGGUAGACGAGUCCUCGAGCGAGUUCUCGGCGUCAGACUCGACUUUCAUCGAAAAAACCGAGGUUGUGGUGUCUGACACGAGCGUGACGAUCUUUUCGGAGACGAGACAGCUCGUCGCCGAGCAGAUCGGAAAUCUCGACUCGUGGACCACAGUCGAGGAGGCCACAAAAUCGGUAGACGCCGAGGAACGACCGGAGGACGCGCCAGUCGCGACGGAAUGUGACGCGACGAGGGACGAUAAUGAAGGGAAGCAAGACGAUUACCUUGCACCCUCGUCCCCCCGCGCGCCCCUGGCCACACCGGACGAGACGGAAACGAGCGAUGUUUCUAACGCCUGUGACAGCGAAAGCCGCGAGGAAACGGUGACCACCAGUUCUACCGUGGUGACCUCCUCGAAAGGUGGGACCAAAACGAAGAAGAAGAAGAUCGAGGGCGUUGCUGGUAACGAUGCUACCUCGCCGAACCUUACGCCGCGCACAAAGAAAACCAAGAAGAGCAAGAAGAGCGAUCUCGAGAAGGAGAACAUCUCCGUGAACUGUAGCUUACAAGACGCAAGCAUGCAUACGGGCACUCAGCGAUCGCAUUCGGAGAUGAUCGAUUUUUCCGCCAAGGACGAUUUAUCGAACGUCAAUGUUAAGUCACUGACACAGAACUAUGUCUCGGAGACGAGUCGUAGUGAUCAGGAGAAGUUGUGCAGGGAGCGGAUAGCGACUGGCGUGUCCAUCAAGCAAUUAUGUCGCAGCUUUGGCGACAUCUCGAACAUGAGUGACGGCGAUCAGGCAACUUUUGGGAAAGCGAGCCAUGCGAUGGAAAUCGAAGAGAAGGCGAGGUCUAUGGGUGAUCUGAGAGUAUGCGAGCAGGGUUACUCGCGAUUUACCAGAGACGCACCCGUCUUCGCCAGGGUGUCGGUCAAGGCCCUCAGGGCUUCCUAUUGUAGUUUGGCAAGUCUAACGAACGAGGGUAAGGACAAGGAUCGAGCAUGCGAGAGGCCGAAGCUCGAGAAAUCGAGCUUUAAUAAAUUCGACGCUCUUAGCAAGAAAACAGUUCUUCAUGUGCGUUCGGUCGAUGCGGGGAAAGUCCAACAGCAGCUGAAUGCAGUGGGUCAGAAUGCCGAUGCGAAUACGAACUGUCGCAGCUGCGGCAAGGUCGUGUUCCAAAUGGAGCAGACAAAGGCCGAGGGUCUGGUCUGGCACAAGAAUUGCUUCCGGUGCGUGCAGUGCAGCAAGCAGCUCAAUGUAGACAAUUAUGAGAGCCACGAGAGUAAGCUCUACUGUAAACCACACUUCAAGGAACUCUUCCAACCGAAACCGGUCGAGGAGUCCGACCAACCUGUGCGACCUCGAAAGCCGGAGCUGAUCAUACGGGAGAACGAGCCGAAAGAAUUGCCGCCCGAUGUGGUCAGAGCUUCUGACAAACCCGAUCUGGGACUCGAGGAACUCUCAAGCUUAAACGUCAAGUCGCGCUUCCAGGUCUUCGAGAAAGCUAGUACGGAGAACACCAAUGAAAUCGAACGAUCACCGUCACAGAUCGCCGUCAAGAGAUCACCCAGCAUCCUUAGCAAACUGGCCAAAUUUCAAGCGAAAGGUAUGGACAUUGGCGUGGCGGACGAAUCUCUCAAUGGCAUACCCUACGAAGAAUCCAGCGAAAGUGAGGACGAAGUAGAGACAGAAGAAACCGAAGAAGUGGAUACCGAAAUUGUGAAGUCAAAACGAACUACACGCGAACGACCGAUUAGUUUUUCGAAGAUGGAUGACAUUAAGAAUCGUUGGGAGAGCACCAGCCAACAAGGAAGACGCGAAGUUCAGCGCGAGGCUAGGAAGGAAGAAAUCGCAGGAAUCCGUUCGCGAUUAUUCUUGGGUAAACAGGGUAAAAUGAAGGAAAUGUAUCAACAGGCGGUAGCUGGAAGCGACCGUGUUACAAAGAUAAACGCGGCGGAGGAGAUUCAGCACUCGACAACCCACGCUCGUUCCCUCAAAGAGAGAUUUGAACGGGGUGAGCCAAUCGCGGCGUCAGACGACGAAACCGACAGUAAACCGAAACCGGAGAAAGCCGACGAGGAGGUGAUCGCAGCAGCAAAAACAGGACGUCCAGUGACGCCAGUUCAUCCAAAAACGCCAACCGAAACCUCACGACGUGCACGAGACGCGUUCAUGGGUCGUCAAGUCUCAGACGAUGUGGUGCGCAGUUCAGACGCGACCGAGGAGAUCCAAGUAGAAACGUUGGAAAUUUCGAACAAGUUCAAAUUCUUCGAGUCCUAUAAGGCACCGGAGAAACAGCGGAAGCAAUUUCGCAUUACGCCUCCUCGUGAUGGUCAAGUCAAGAUGGAUUCACCAGAUCGUGAGAUCUACCGCGAUCCAGAUGUAGUCAGAGCCGACGACAGGGUGGACGAAGUGGUGCAUACGGACACGGCGAGGAAGAUGCUGUCCAUCUUUCGGCAGAUGGAGGAGAACGCGUGUAAGGAAGAACUGCCGGAGGGCCCGAAGCCCUUGAAACGUUUCACACCGCCUCCCGAGGAUAAAUUCGCCAAAGCAACGGCCUCAGACUCGGAAGAAGGCGAGGAUGAAGAGGGCGAGGAAACCGACGGUGAUGAAAGCGCUGAGGAGAGAGAUCCCAACUACGUCCGCGCUUCUGAUAAGGUGGAGGACGAGUUCUUGAAACAGGCGCAGAACGCGGCGCGCGCCAAGACCCUACGUGCUAAGUUCGAGCACUGGGAGGAGACUGAUGGCAAGGUCAGCAAUCACCAUGUCGCCGAAAUAGAGAUGGCCCAGGGUACGGGCGAGCAGUCCAGCAUAGAAUCGGCGAGCAGUCUUAGAGCUCGUUUCGAAUCCCUCGGCUCGCAGGCCAACGAGUCCCCGCGCACACCGAAGGUCAAAGUCAAUCGAUUUGUGGAGAUCCAGACGACAUGCGCGGAGGUGUGCGAGAGUUGCGAGAAGAAGGUCUACCCCUUGGAGAAAGUUGAGACAAAUAACAAAAUCUUCCAUAAGCAAUGCUUCCGGUGUCUGCAAUGCAAUUGUAUUUUAAGGAUGGACUCCUUUACUCUGAAUAACGGCAAGCUGUACUGUAUCCCGCACUUCAAACAACUCUUUAUCACACGGGGAAAUUAUGACGAGGGCUUCGGUGUCGACCCACACAAGAAUAAAUGGGCGACAACGAACUCCAGCAAUUCCACGAGCCCAUCGCCGAUCGCGGUCUCGAACGGCGAUCUCUGAUUUUUCAAGUCUUCCACCUCAAUUCUUCCCUGGCUAUAAAUCGCUAUUGAAUUUUAGUCGAAUGUUAGGUGGAUCUAGAUAAAGAUUUGAAGAAGGAAUAGACCCUCUCUAUACAUUGUAGGAUGGAUGUCAAUCAUCGCGGAAGAGAUACAAUACCUUUUACGAUGUUGUUCCCCUUGUGAGUGGUAAAUUAGAUCCACCUAUGAUCACAACGCGAUGAUAAUUAUGAUAAAUUGUACAUUUUAUUACGUUAUUAUCGCGUACAUAUGAGAACGCGUAAUUGUAUAUUUAAUAACGGUAAUUGGAAUCAGUCGCGAUGAUCGGAGACUCGCUCCGAGAAAAUGGUCUCUGCAUGCGAAAAUCUUUUCGAAAUGUAAAUCUUGCCAAACGCAUUGAACAAAUAAAAGGAAUGCACAUGUUUUUUUCUUUAAAUAAAUCGAUAAUAAAUACUAUUUAAAUUACAUC